UAUAAAACACGGGGAGCACGCUUCCACGUUCUUUCGCUUGCUGUCUCCGUCGCUCGGCCGCCGCUGACGAACGAAAGGGCAAACGGAGUUGGUGGUGCUCCAGGAAAGGUGAAAUGCGAUCUCUUGCUCCUUCUUCGUAGUUCUGCCUUAGUUUGCUCUUUGGGUGGGUUGAGGUUCCAUUCCACUUGCUUCGCUCGAUCUUCUGUUUUCCUACUCGGUUUGCAAGUAUUUGUGGAUUUUUUUUGGGGGUUAACCGGAUGCUCUGAGGAGGUGGCGUGGUCUCCCCUCUGGAAUCGUGAGAUCUGAGAUCUGGGCUCGUUGUUGCUCCCGAGAUUUAGGUAUCUUAAUUCAUUGGUAAGAUGGCAUCAACUGCAGUAGCAAUUACUACUGUCACUGGAUCAGCCAAUGUUCGUGCUACCAUAGGAUCAAAAUCUAAAGCUCUUGGUCUGAACUUGAGUUACCCAAAAAGGCCUUUGUGUGCAUUCAGUGGUCUGAAGUCUGCAUCAAUAGCUCAAAUUGAUUCAUCCUUUUUGGGGAAGGUGAGUAAUGAAUCUCUCUGGGCUUAUGCUGUUCCCAAGCUCAAAGAAAAGCAGGUUUUCUCAAAUCAACUUCAGCCUCAGGCUUCUUUUAAGGUGGCUGUCCUUGGGGCAGGUGGUGGGAUUGGCCAACCCCUAGGGCUUCUAAUUAAGAUGUCUCCACUGGUCUCAGAACUGCAUCUAUAUGAUAUCGCUAAUGUUAAAGGUGUUGCUGCUGACCUCAGCCAUUGCAAUACCCCCUCUCAAGUUAUGGAUUUUACUGGGCCAUCAGAAUUAGCAACUUGUUUGACAGGUGUGGAUGUUGUGGUCAUCCCUGCUGGAGUUCCAAGGAAGCCAGGCAUGACUCGUGAUGACUUAUUCAAUAUCAAUGCUGGUAUUGUGAAGUCACUGAUGGAGGUUGUUGCAGACAAUUGCCCUGAUGCGUUCAUCCACAUUAUAAGCAACCCAGUGAACUCUAGUGUUCCAAUAGCUGCAGAGGUUCUCAAGCAAAAGGGCGUCUAUGAUCCCAAAAAGCUUUUUGGUGUGACCACCCUUGAUGUUGUAAGGGCCAACACUUUUGUUGCUCAGAAAAAGAAACUCAAGCUUAUCGAUGUUGAUGUGCCAGUCAUAGGAGGUCAUGCUGGCAUUACUAUCUUACCCUUGCUAUCAAAGACAAGGCCAUCAGUGACAUUUACAGACGAAGAAAUUGAAAGUCUCACUGUAAGAAUACAAAAUGCGGGAACAGAGGUUGUUGAGGCAAAAGCUGGUGCUGGAUCUGCAACCUUGUCAAUGGCCUAUGCUGCAGCACGAUUUGUUGAGUCUUCUCUUCGAGCUCUUGACGGUGAUGGGGAUGUUUAUGAGUGCAGUUUUGUUCAGUCAGAGCUAACAGACCUGCCUUUCUUUGCUUCUAGAGUUAAUCUUGGGAAGAAGGGGAUAGAAGCUUUUGUAUCUGCUGAUCUCGAUGGUCUGACGGAGUAUGAGGCCAAGGCAUUGGAAGCACUGAAACCUGAAUUGAAGGCUAGCAUUGAGAAGGGCGUGGCGUUUGUUCACAGGACGGCAGCAACAGCCGCAUCUGGUUGAAUCAAUCUGCACGUUUUAUCUUUGGCGUCUUGGUCAUUACAGAAUAAUGGAUGGAUGCUUUACUUCCAGCUCUAUACAAUGAGGACUUUUGGUCUUAUCUUGACAAGUUUAUGAUGUAAGAGGCUAGAUUGAUUUUGUGGAUCCUAGCACGUUGUAUUAAUGUUGCUGGGGCAUUCUCCUGCAUAGACUGAUCAUUUUUUGUUUCCAUUGUUUUCUUGUUCAACUAUUCAAAGGGCUAUCUUGGUUGGUAUUCAA